CAGGACAAACCGCAGAGCUUGGCAGCUGGUGUAUAGAUGAGGCAGCGCAGGGGAAAGGGGUUACCAGAUGGUUGUUAUUGCAGACAAUAACCGUUCAGAUAACUAUCUCAAACAUCGACAACGGACUUGAUCAGCACCGUUGUCAUAUCAACUCUAAUCACAGAUUCAGCUGAUACUGUAUAAUACUGCAAAGAGGACAAUCAUGCCCGCUCUCUCUGCAAACACUGACACCGGCAACUCACCCCCUUCUCCAGUGGACAGCAGUCUAAGGAGGCUGUCCUGGGGUAAACUGGUUCAAAGGAUGGCUGAUUUCAGCACAUCUGCCAACAGCAGCAGUAUUGAGUCGGGGUCCAACAAUGGCAGCCGGAGUGAUCUCUCUGACUCAGGGUCAGAUGUCUCCAGUGACCUCUCUCACUUUAACGAAGACCUAUUUAAUGAUCCAAUGGAGGAGACCAUCCUGAAAGAAGUGGUGGACCUAAUUGCAGGAAGCCUGAAAGAGGCCAAAGACUCCUUACGAUGCACCAAACUGCUCAUCCCCGAGAAACUUCUGGAGCACAUCGGACAGGAGCUCCUUCACCUGGCAGCCAGUGAGCCCUGCGGUUUAAGAGGGGCUCUCAUCGAUCUCUGUGUGGAGCAAAGGGACGUCUGCGAGAGCAUGGCACAGCUAUCUGUGGACCCCUACCUUGUCCCCACCUUUCAGCUGACUCUGGUGUUGAGGCUCGAGUCCGGUGGGCUGUGGCCCAAGAUCCAAGGACUUUUUAGCACAAAGUCUCCUUCCACUCCAGUCGUAAGACAAGCGAUUAAACUUAGCACUGGUUUCCGAGUGAUUAAGAAGAAACUGUAUUGUUCCGAGGAACUGCUCAUUGAGGAGUGUUGAGAAAUGUACGGAUACGGACUGUCGAUAUUUUGUUGUCUGCGUUUUUACAACGCCCAGUUAAGCUCACAGAAGGGCCUUAUUACUAUAACUACAUGUAUAUGAUGCCUUCUGAAGAGUAAGGAGGGACUUUGUCAUUGUGUAGCCUAUUGUUCCCACUGUAAAGGGAGUUUAUGGUACCUGGAGCAGGUGUCACGUUUCAAAUUACAAUGUGUAACCAUCAUGGUAUAAGUUGUAAAUUGACAUUUUGCAAGAAUGAAAGCGCGUACCUCAGUUUCUAUUGAAACGCACAACGGCAGCUAGCUAUAUGAUUAUAGUCAUUGAAGACCAUUGUUUUGUUUUUUUCAUUGUUUUUCUUUUUAUACAUGGCAAUUAAUUGUGAUGUACGCCAAGUGAUGAAUUGUAAACCAGGCAAGUUGAUAGGGACCCUAGCAACUGCUUGGAUUGAAGGGCAAAGGCUUACCAGUGCUUGCAUUAUGCAGUUUAUGUGCAAGCUACGGCUAAGAUUUCAAAUGUUAAAUGAUCUUGUAUCUGUGUAGACCUUUCUUGCUUUAAACUUUAUUUAUUUGACAUUCAAAUACUCAUAACGCACUGUUUUUGUACCUCCAUGACUGCAAAUAAAUUAUUCUUUUUAUAACAAA